AUAUCCGCAAAAUUUUCGACGCAAAUUAUUCCUUCGCGAGUUUUAAAAUACGAGCAUCGUGAAUGAGUCGGUUGAGAAUCACUGAUUCAUUUACGUAAGAUUACGAACUCGUCCGAAACAAAUCGGACUCGGCCGAAGUGACUGCGGUCCCUCCUUAUCGUGAAUCUCAGCUGACUGUUCACGUAGAAACGUGGUCGUCCAUAUGUGAUUUUUUGGUCCAUAUAAUGAGCAACAUGUAUAUAUAUAUCGAUAUCGGCGUCACGUAGCGAUGUGGUGAUCACCAAGCGACAAAGCGCUAGAUGUGCGUCCCGAAAGAGCGACGUGACGUCGUCAAGACGACACUAUCCGGGAUCGAAGUUCAAGGACGUUAAUCGUUCGCUAAUCAUUCGAUCGUUCGAUUGUUGAUUUACCUUCUGUCCCUUUUUUUUCUCUCAGAUAUACAAACACCGUUAACAGAUACGACGCGCCACGAGACUCGGUGCGACUCGUCCGCCCUCGUUCGUGUCCGCGUGUUCGUUUACCUUUCGCGAAUCGGGAUCUCGGGCGUGUUCGACUCUUACUUCUCGUUCGAGGAUACGGUGGCAGUAAUACCUCGAUACACCUGACAUACCCGACAUGUCGUCUGUCGCGCGGAAUCGCCUCUUAUCAGCGCUCGGCGUCGCGCGACGUGUCACCGUCGAGCACGCGCGCGUCCCGCGGCGCGCGUGCUCUUCUAUCCAUCACAGGAAUGCGGCAUACCGCAGAACAAUGGAUUCUACAGCGCGAAUGGCUCAUUACGCGACAAAACCGAUAUUAAUAAACAAGGAUGAAACUCGUGAAUUGAUGGCCAUAUGGCCAGAUGUUGUUCGUGAUAUCACGGAUCCCGAGGUCUUUGAAAUCCCAGAUAUUUCAAAAUGGAUGGCAAAAGUAUUGCAGUAUAAUGUUCCAGGAGGAAAAAAAAAUCGCGGUUUAGCACUAGUUUAUGCCUAUAAAUUGCUGGUACCGAACGAUCAACUUACAGAAGAAAACAUCCGCUUAGCACGAAUUCUAGCAUGGUGUGUGGAACUGGCACAAGCUUUUUUUCUGUUGCUCGAUGAUAUCCAGGAUCGAUCAUUAUUUCGUCGAAACCAACCAUGUUGGUAUCGUCAUAAUGAUAUAGGUUUAGCGGCCGUUAAUGACGGUACAUUGUUAGAGAAUGCUUUGUAUUUUUUAAUUCGAAAACACUUCAAAGGGAAAGAAUGUUAUAUCGAUAUAUUAGAAACUUUUCAACAUAUUAUAUUGAUGACUGCAAUGGGCCAGUCUUUAGAUUUACUCUCUACUAAUUUCGGGAAAAAGCCGAAUCUGAAUCUAUUUACAAUGGAUCGAUACAAUUCUAUUGUCAAAUACAAAUGUUCAUAUUAUACAUUUAUCUUACCAAUAACUGUAGCAAUGCAUUUUGCUGGAAUAAAGGAUCCAGAAAUGUUGAGACAAACGAAAACGAUUUUGCUGGAAAUGGGGCAUUUCUUUCAAGUUCAAGAUGAUUAUCUGGAUUGCUACGGAAAGCGUGAAGUUAUUGGCAAGGAUAGUACUGACAUACAAGAAGGAAAAUGUACAUGGCUGAUUGUUGUGGCACUUCAACGUGCUACACCAGAACAGCGUAAAAUUUUAGAAGAAUGUUAUGGAGUAUCGGAUCUAGAAAAAGUGCAAUGUGUGAAACAACUAUAUAAUGAUCUAGGUUUGCCAAACACUUACUCCAUAUAUGAAGAAGAGACAUAUAAUCUAUUAAAUACCCAUAUACAGCAAAUAUCACGUGGGCUACCACAUGAUCUUUUCCUGAAGUUAUUGGAUAAGAUUUAUCGUAGAGUGUCAUGAAAAGUGUCACUACAUUCAAGAAAAAAACCAAUGUGUAUCCAAAUUGUAAAAUUAAAAUCAAUGAACACGAAGAUGUGUUGCAAAUAUU